CCCAAGUUGAUGAUCAUAUGUCCCGAAGUAGUUACGAAAGAACUAUUUUCUAAGUGCAAAAUGAAUUUUGCGUGAGGCAAAUAAUGGGAGUUUCGAAGAUCUUUGCCUUCCCAGCUCGCAGCACAUAAAAUUUAUUGUCGAGGAGACUUGACAAGUAAAAACCAACCAUAGAAGAUCUCUUUUGGCUUUUGGCUUUUCGCGAUAUUUACUCGCACCGGAUCAUUACCUUUACUUCGGCUAGCACGAGAGCUCGUGAAGGGCCUAAGCGCGGAGUCCGUCGCUUGAACUUUUCCUAGAGACCUGAAGCUAGCGUGAAUGGCGAAGGAGGGGGAGCCGAUGCAGGAGGAUCGAACAGAGGAUUUCACAUCUAUGGAUCACGUUAACUCCAUUGAAGCUAGAGUUCAAGAAUUAUUAAAAAGUAAUGAAGCUAACUUCAAUGCUUGGACACUGCUUAUAGCUGAGGUUGAGAAUACCUCGCCAGAUGACAUACAAAAGAUCUGCCUUGUGUAUGAUUCUUUUUUGUCUGAAUUUCCGUUAUGUUAUGGAUAUUGGACAAGAUAUGUGGGGCACAAGGCACGGCUCUGCACUAUGAAUGAGGCCGAGCAAGUCUAUGAACAGGCUGUGAAGAUAGCAUCACAUUCUGUUCAUCUCUGGGUCAACUAUUGUAACUUUGCUAUAUCAUCGUUUGAGGAUCCUUCAGAUGUUAGAAGGCUGUUUGAGAGAGGAUUAUCUUAUGUUGACAAGGACUAUUUAUGCCAUCUCCUAUGGGAUAAAUAUAUUAAAUUCGAGUAUUGUCAAAAGCAGUGGGAUCGGCUAGCUCAUAUUUAUAUCAACACUUUGAGAUUUCCUACAAGAAGGUUGCAAAGCUAUUAUGAAAGUUUUAAGAAAUUGGCUGUUCUGCUGGAAGAACAAUUGGGAUCCCAAAAUGUAACAACUAAACUACCAGAAGGUGUUCCUAACUGUGAAUUGACAAAUAUGAAAGGCUGUGAGUAUACAGAAAUCUCAAAUGUUGUGGGUUUUCCUGAUCAAAACCCUGCAGAUCCAGAAGCUUUGAAGAAAUAUUUAUUCUUUGGCGAGCUAUUGUACCACAAAUCAAUUCAAUUAGAUAAAAGUAUAAGUUGCUUUGAGGCUCAAAUCCAGAGGCAGUAUUUUCAUAUCAAGCCACUUGAUGAGUUCCAGCUUAAGAAUUGGCAUGACUAUCUCACAUUUGUUGAGGAGCAAGGAAGUUUUGAUUGGACUGUUAAACUUUACGAGAGAUGUUUAAUUCCUUGUGCUAAUUACUCAGAGUUCUGGAUUCGUUAUGUUGAUUUUGUGGAUGCUAAGGGUGGUAGAGAGUUAGCUAAUGAUGCACUCGAAAGAGCAUUGAAGGUCUUCUUAAAGAGAACUCCUGCGUUUCAUCAAUACUAUUCAAUGUAUAAAGAAAAAAUUGGCGACGCAGUUAAUGCUCGUGCUCCUUUUCUACAAAUUAGUGAAAACUGUACAGCUGAUGUUAUUGAAAAUAUCUGCAGAAAAGCGAACAUGGAAAAGCGGAUGGGAAACGUUGAAGCAGCCAUGGAGAUAUAUGAGAAAGCAAUCAAAAUGGCCCAUGAGAAGCAGAUUUUGAAGAUACUUCCUCUUUUGUAUAUCAAUUUUGCGCAAUUUAAAUUUGUGGCUACUCGCAGUGUAGAUGCUGCCAAUGAAGUUUUCCGCAAAGGGAUUUUUAGACUUUGUAACCAUGCAUGGAGGGAUGAAUAAUGUAUGUUCUAUCGAUUGUCAGAUGGCUGCUUUAUUAUCACCCGAGUCAGAUGUUUCUCAAGCUUUAAGCAUAGACGAACGU